AUGAGCAAGGCUGCACUCAAGUCACAAGGGAGCUUGGGAUCCCGCGUGAUCCCGGUGAUCUCACAGACACAGCUCGAUUUGCAAGAGACGUUGAUAAGGAACGAUCGUAGACAGAGAUCGCUGAGGAUCAAGGCCAGGAAUUCGCAGAGUUACAUAGGCAAGCUCACUGUACGAAUGCAAAUGUCAGAAAAGUAUCUUGCGGAGAGGAGAGAGAAAGACAUCAAUCACCGAAUGAUUCAAGGAGAUAAGAUCGAUCAAGAUAAAGUUCUUGGAAUCGGCUCGGCGGUUGAUGAACUGCUGGAGAUUAAGAUGAUGCUCAAGGAUUUGAGGAUGAAAGAGAAAGACAACAAGACAACAUUGGACGCUAUGCACUCUAUUGGCCUCUUUCUCCCAAUCAAUGAGAUCAAGAUGCGGAGGCUGAUGCUCCGAGGCAAGCAGAAAGCAGCGUUGAGCUUGCUCAGCCCCAAGUCGCGAGCAAAGGCCGAAUCAAUGUUCUAUGAGCAGCAGGAACAGCAAGAGGAGCUGCAGGCUGUUUCUUCGACAAGCAGAUGGAACGAGUUCGGGCAUGGACUGUUCCAGAGUGAGGCCGAUGAGCCCGAUAGGCAGUCAGCCAGUCAGUUCAAUGCGGCUCGGCGACCAAGACCGUUCUCAGCCUCGGCGGUUCCUCAGCUGCGUCGAUCGCUCUUGGGAAUCAAGACCAAACUUUCAGCCUAG